AUGGAGAAGGACAAUGAUGGCAGUGAUGACUGCAGCCAUGACAACUGUAGGGCAGAACCACCAGAUGUCGAAGCCAGGACGUUUUUGGGGUCCUCUGGAGUGAAAUUCCAAAUUUCCCUGGGUAUCCCAGUAGGAGCUGUGAUCAACUGUGCUGACAAUACAGGAGCCAAAAAUUUGUAUAUCAUCUCUGUGAAGGGAAUCAAAGGACAGCUGGACAGGCUUCAUGCAGCUGGUGUGGGCGAUUUGGUGAUGGCCACAGUUAAGAAGGGCAAACCAGAGUUAAGGAAAAUGGUCCAUCCCGCUGUGAUAAUUCGACAAUGAAAGUCAUAUCAAAGAAAAGAUGGGGUGUUUCUUUAUUCUGAAGAUAAUGCAGGGGUCACAGUAAACAAUAAAGGCGAGAUGAAAGGUUCUGCGAUCACAGGUCCAGGUGCAAAGGAGUAUGCAGACUUGCGGCCCAAGAUUGCAGCCAAUGCAGGCAGCAUCGCAUGA